AAGAAUUAGUGAAUAAGUAAAAGAAUAAGUGAGGUGAUAAACUUGCUGUCAGCGCUCUAACAGUUAACCUCCAGCUCCUCCUCCUCUCAACCUGUUUUUACUCGUCUAUGAACAUUCCUCUUCUUCUUCUCUGUUCUUUUUUCCUCCUCGUGUUCUCUUGGUUCUCGUCAUGUUUGUCUCCAGAUCGUUUCUCUGCAGGUUCAGGUUUAACAACAGGAACUUCUUCCACUCGCCCAGUUCAGUCUGGAGGGUCUCCAGGUUCAGCAGCAAGACUCCAUCCAAAGAUGUGUCAGUUCACUACAGCCUCGGUCGCCCCGUCCUCUCCCUUCGUUUUCCCUCCGGUCGCCUCGGUCGGUUCACCCUGACGCCCAUGUUGACCACCGUAGGUGACUUGCUGAAGAACAUCACAGCUAAAGACCCAGAGGUUCACACUGCUGCCUUGAUGAAUGCUGAUGGACAGAGGAUCUCCUCGUGCACCUUCAUGGAGACGGUUUUAAAUAAAGACUUCCAGCUGAUCAUCAAUGAAACUACUCACAAUGUUCAGGCUCUGGGACAAGGCUCGUCUCAUGAACACGUUCUGGACGUGGAGGACAUGAAGUUUCUGGUCCAGCUGCUGCAUUCAGCUCUGAAUCUUCCUCAGCAGCUUCAUCAGCAGCAUGCAGAUCUACAGCUGAGACAGGAGAGACUGAGAGAGCAACUGGAACCGCUGGAGACGGUGAGAGUGAGGCUGGCACAGGAGGCAGAGUCUAAGGCGGCCAUGUUGGGGUGGGCGGGGCUUGCCUACCUGUCGCUACAGGGAGGAUUCCUGGGAUACCUCACCUGGUAUGUCUUCGCCUGGGACAUCAUGGAGCCCGUCACUUUCUUCAUCUCCUGCACCACCAGCAUGAUCUUCUUUGGCUACUACAUCCUCACCAGACAGGACUUCUUGUGUACAAAGGUGAGAGAUCGUCACUUCCUCCACUACUUCUACCAGAAAGCUUCCCGACACAACUUUGAUGUUCAGAAGUACAACGAGCUGAAAGAAGAGCUGGCCAGGGUGACGGUUCAUUUACUUAUAAAUACACAGUUUAUGGAGACUAGAAGGAGGUUUUCAUUUAAAAGAAAAUCCAAUAAAGCAGCAGCGUCUUUAACCAGCUUCUCACCCGAGUGUUUCCUGGUGUUCAGGUGGACUCAGACCUACAGAGGCUCAGGAGCGCCAUCCGGCUGCAGCUUCCGGUGGAUCAGAUCCGGCCUCAGACGGACACCUGAAGCUUCACCGCCCAACAAUUCUGACUUUUAGACGUUUAUUUUACCUCCUAAAAUACUUCCAUCACUGAGUUUCAAAAAAAAAACUAAACCACUUGUAAAUAAUCUCUGUCAAAUCCACGAAAAAGUGAAACCUUUAUGCUAUUAUUGGACUAUUAGGUUAUCAGGUUUGUUUUAUUUAUGUUGGAGACAAAAGGAUGUAAUUAUUUACUACAAUAAAAGCAUUAUAAUAGCUAUAAUACAAUCUGAAUGUGGAAAGUUACACCAUGAAUGUUGUGGAGUAAAAACUGCAGUAUAGACCCUUUAUUUGUUUACAAACACUGUGACGUUUUUUGUGGGUGGGGCUUAUGCUGGAGGCAAAAGCGGAGCAAGAAGUCAAGCGGGACUGGGAGUAUAUAGUUUUCGCUGGGAGUUUGCGCUGCAAACUCGAGCAUUUUUAACCCGUUAAACUUCAGUGUACCACCGGCGGUACACAUAGUAAUUUGCAUAGGAAUUUAAAGAAUGUCCGAAGGCUGCAAACGCGAUUAUAUAAACACUAUACGCCGAUGGAAAGCUUAGAUUCUCAUGAAUCCGCCGGUAUAAACCACUUUCAGAUGUGAUUACCACAGCGGGUGAGAAAAACACAUUUGUCCGACAAACAACGAAUAUCCAUCCAUUCUUUCUCUGUACACUGCUCAACGUACACAACGCGACUCACAUUUCCGGGUUCAUUAUUACACACAGAUGAAAAUAUUCCACAAAAAACGGCCAUAAUCCAACCUUUUACAUCCAGAUGACACAAGCCAGUAAACUAUUUUGUCCAAAACAUAUCUAAGUCGGUAUAAAAUCCACGAAUCGGUCGUUUUCAAGGAAAUGCACCUCGCGAUGCGCGUCCAAUAUUCCCUGUAUUUCUCAUCAUAUUUUUUAUUUACAAAUAGAAUAUUAGCGAUUUUUUGUACUGAAAAUGGCUGGAAUUGACUGCAGCUGAUCGUCUCUGUCCAGUCUUCUCGCCUCAGUGCAUUUAACCACAACUGUCUUCGUUCCCUCUGAGCACGAGUGCUCGGUGGAAUCCUAUAAAACUUUAAUUUGCAUUCGCCAAUGUCAUUCCUCCUUUUCUGGCAUCCAAAAACACAGCAGGACGACAUUUUAGAAAAGUUGAUAGAGCCUAGUCCCUCAGUCUUUCGCCUUUCGGUCACGGCCGCGGGCUUCCUCUUUUGCCUCCAGCUAAAGCUGUGACGUCAUUCGUGACAUGGGUCAUUAAAGGGUCUAUUUCCAUCUGAAUUAAAGUGUUAAAACUACUUGUUUAAAACUUAUACUUGAGUAAAUGUAUUUCUGCUCCAAUGCUGUUUAUUAAAAAAAAACUGAACAAUACUUCACCUGGAGCAGUUUACAUAAACUUUUGAUUACUGUUUUGUAAGUCAAAAGAGCUUACUAGCGGUACAAGAUUAUAUUUUGCCACAUUAGUCUAAGUUGCUAGUAUUUUUUUUUAAUUUCUAUUUAGUCAUGUAUUAGCUAGCUAGCUAACUAGCUAGCUAGCUGUCAAAAUAUUCUCAUUCAUAUGUACAAAUGUAAGUAUUUUGUUAAACUAUAAAUUUGUUAACUAAAAAAGCUAUCUAGCUAGUCAUAGAAACAUUUUUUUUAUUCUCAAAACAUUAGAAACUGCAUUUUACUUGCUGUUCUAAAUUGCUAGCUGUGUAGACAAUUUAUAAUUUCGUUCACUAAAAAAAAUAGCAUUUUGCCUGAAUUGUGUGAAACAGCUUAGCCUGAAAUGCUAGCUGUAGAAAUCAUGAUCAAUGUUUUGCUAAAUGUCUGUUUCGUUCUUUGUUAGCUAAAACAGCUAACUUGCUAAAACAUUAAAUUGAUACACAAUAACUGAAUAUGUAAAUUUAGCAUAAUUUAGUUAAAUAACCAA